GCCAACUGCGUUUAUGGCUUUCUAGUCCGCUCACCUGGGUUAUUGAACACGCCCUGAGAAAACCUCCUCUGAUUGCUUGAACGCAUCCUUGCCUGCAUCUGCACAGUCUCUGCAACUUAUUUCUGGCAUAGGUUGGACGCUUGGGUGGGUGCCAUCAUGUUGGUCCCAAUCUUUACCCUCAAACUGAACCACAAAAUCAACCCACGCAUGGUGACGAUGGGCAAGUUUGAUGGCAUCCAUCCAUGUCUGACAGCAGCCACACAAGCUGGGAAGGUGUUCAUCCACAACCCCCACACACGGGGCCAAAGGCAGGCAGCCCAUCGUCUGAGCCAGAGCGCCCAGGACUCAGACAUCUCGCUCCUCAACAUCAACCAGGCAGUCAGCUGCCUCACAGCGGGCUCCCUGGGACCCAACACCACUGGACACACCCUGCUGGUGGGCUCCCAGACCAACCUGCUGGCCUACGACGUGCACGACAAUGCUGAUAUCUUCUACAGAGAGGUAACAGAUGGGGCAAAUGCGAUUGUUUUGGGGAAGCUGGGGGACAUCUCUUACCCCCUGGCCAUCAUUGGGGGUAACUGUGCCCUGCAAGGGUUUGACUAUGAAGGGAACGACCAGUUCUGGACGGUCACUGGAGAUAACGUCCGGUCACUAGUGCUGUUUGACUUCACUGGCGAUGGGAAGAACGAGCUUGUUGUUGGAUCUGAAGACUUUGACAUCAGAGUCUUCAAAGAGGAUGAGUUGGUGUCUGAGAUGGCGGAAAACGAGACGGUCACGUCCCUCUGUCACAUGCACGGCAGCAGGUUUGGUUAUGCUCUGGCCAAUGGCACCGUGGGAGUUUACGACCGCACUGCCCGCUACUGGAGAAUCAAGUCCAAAAACCACGCCAUGAGCAUCCAUGCUUUCGACCUCAAUGCUGACGGAGUCGUGGAACUCAUCACUGGGUGGUCCAAUGGGAAGAUUGACGCGCGUAGUGACCGGACAGGAGAGGUGAUCUUCAAGGAUAACUUCUCGUCCUCUGUUGCGGGAGUGGUGGAGGGAGACUACCGUAUGGACGGACAGAUCCAGCUCAUCUGCACCUCUGUAGAGGGGGAGGUGCGUGGCUACCUGCCUGCCAGUAAGGAGAUGAAGGGGAACCUGAUGGACUCUAGUGUGGAGCAGGACUUGAUCCGUGAGCUGAGCCAACGCAAACAGAACCUCUUACUAGAGCUACGCAACUACGAGGAGAAUGCCAAGGCCACUCUAGGAGCGUCUGAAGGGGACUCGGGGAUGGGCGUCAUCCCGGCCAACACCCAGCUCCAGACCGCCCUCGCUGUCCGUGCCGCUACGGAGAGCCAGAGGGCCCACAUAGAGCUGAGCAUCUCCACCCCAAACGAAACCAUCAUCCAGGCCGUGCUGAUCUUCGCCGAGGGCAUCUUCGAAGGCGAGAGUCACGUGGUGCACCCGAGUGCCCAGAAUCUCUCCGGCUGCGUGUGUGUCCCCAUCAUCCCCCCCAAAGACAUCCCCGUCGACCUGCACGUCAAAGCCUUUGUGGGAGGGAAAAACAGCACACAGUUUCAUGUGUUUGAGAUCACUCGGCAGCUGCCUCGCUUCUCCAUGUAUGACCUGAGCGUGGACCCAGACGCCCCUCAGCCAACGGGGCGCGUGACCUUCAGCAUUAAUGAUCGACCCCAGAGGGUGGUCAUGUGGUUGAACCAGAACUUCCUGCUGCCAGAAGGCAUCGAAAGUCCGGAUGUGACCUUCACAUGUCUACGUGGCGGAGGGCUGCUCAGCAUCAGCAUGCAGUCAAGUGGAGAGAUCACACUUAAUACAGACGACAUUGAUCUGGCGGGGGAUCUGGUCCAAUCACUGACCUCCUUUUUAGCUAUUGAAGACCUGCAGGCAGAGGCAGACUUUCCUAGCUACUUUCAGGAGCUCAGAACUACCCUGACUGAGGUGGACGAGUUCCACUCUGUUCACCAGAAGCUGACGGCCGCCAUGGCGGACCAUUCCAAUCACAUCCGCAACAUGCUGGUGCAGGCGGAGGACGCCAGGCUCAUGGGAGACAUGAGGACCAUGAAGAAGCGAUUCAUCGAACUCUAUGACCUGAACAGGGACCUGGUCAAUGAGUACAAGAUCCGCUCCAACAACCACAACGCGCUGCUCGCCUGCCUCAAAUCCGUCAACCAGGCCAUACAGCGGGCCGGCCGACUCAGAGUGGGGAAACCGAAGAACCAGGUCAUCUCUGCAUGUCGAGACGCCAUAAAGAACAAUAACGUCAACGCCCUGUUCAAAAUCAUGAAAGCAGGAACUGCCUCUAGCUGAGCCCCCUUCGCCCCCUCGACUGACCUCCACUCAGGGCCGGUACCCACUGCAAUGUUGAUACACUACAAAUCAUUGGUACAUCUCUCUCACUCCGUCCAUCCCUCCUUCUCUUCUCUUUCUUUCUAUUUCCCCUCUAUCUUUCUCUCUCUCACUUCUAAUCAUUGUGGGGCAAAAAAUGUUUCUGGCCACCUAGGAGAAAAACGAAAGAGGAAGGUUGCUUAAACGUUUCUCACCUUAAGCCUUGAGGAAGGAUGGUUCGGAGAUGAUAAAUAGUGCACUACUUAUUACUUGUUGAGGGAACAUGUUGAAAUGGGAAAGACAGGAGUAUUUUUUAUAGGAUAAAAUAUAUGAAUAAUGGUGUGGUGAAGUUGUAAAUGUUAUUUUAGCCAAAGGAAUGUAUACUUUUUCAUUGUUUACAAGAGAAUUGUGUGGUGCAUCAUUUAUACCUGUACUUUUGCAGUUUGUAAAUAGAGAGUCAUUGUUACGCUGUUUGCGUAUGCAAACUUUGAAUAAAAAGAUAUUGUGUG